UGCUGUCGGUGCUCUCCGAUGCAUGGGAGGCGGAGAUAGAAAACCCUCCUGGCGCGCACUCGACCUCCCCAAAUCUCUCACCUCUUCUUCAAAUCCUACAAAUUGCGCUCUAUCCAUCCCAUCUCCUCCCUUAAUGGACUUCGGAUCGCAAGUCCAGCCGUCAAGUGAUCAACUUGGUAAAAUCACAGACCGUCUAGCCCUUUACCGCAACCAGCUCCUCUACACAUCAGAUCCCUCCUCCGCAGGACAGACCCCCAACCCCGACACCACAACAUCAAACCCUGGACAAAAGUCCACCACCGCCCCGAUGUCCCGCGAUCCCAUCACUUGCCACGUCCUGAAUACCCUGACGGGUACGCCCGCCGCGAACCUCCCGGUGACUCUGACGCUCUUGUCCGGGGGCCCAUCGAGUAGCAGCCAGAGUCCCAUCAGCUUUCGCGCGACGACCGAUGCGGACGGACGAGUCAAAACCUGGGAACCCGCGACUGCGACUGCGACUGCUUCGACCGCAUCGGUCCCCACCAUCCUCUCCGCCCUCCCGGCUGCCGAUAGCAAAACGAAUUGGGCUGUUCGGUUUGAGGUCGGUCCGUGGUACGAGGCACAGGGGAUCGAGAGUUUCUGGCCCGAGGUAGAGGUGAAGUUCACGGUGAAGGGACGGGGCCGCGAGGGGGAGGAAGGAUGGCGGCACUAUCACGUUCCCGUGCUGUUGGGACCCUGGAACUAUUCAACUUAUCGGGGAUCGUGACGCAUCGAUAAAGCUUUUGAUACGGUAGAUAGAUAGAUGUACGGGAUACGGAGAUGGAUCUUAUCGCUGCGGAGGACUAUCGUGGAGACUGGAGUCCCCCCCCUGCAAUGACGUAUCUGGAGAAUGGUGAAACGUGACGCUUGUUAUGGGGGAGUGGAUAUCAACGAACUGAAGUUUAAAUAAUGCCACUGUUGGACCUACAUAUAAGUUAAUUCAGACCUCCGAAGAAUAUCGA